AUGGGCUUCAUGGAGGAGACCGCCUACAACUCCGUGGUGAAGGACAUGCGCCUGCCUGAGAAGCAGCUCUUCGGAUUGCCCGUGACCUUCGACCUGCCAGAGGUUGACGGCAUCAAGCAAGGCGACAAUCUGCUGCUGAAGUGGAAGGGUGAGAACGUCGCCGUGCUCGAGGCAUCCUCCAUUUGGAAGGCGAACAAGGUGGUCGAGGCAAAGGAGUGCUAUGGCACCAGCAGCCUGGAGCAUCCUACCGUUGCAUCGCUGGUGCAGGAGAUCGGCAAGUACUACAUCGGUGGCAAGAUCCACGGCUUCGAGCUGCCAAAGUUCGGCUACCCCACGCAGACCCCGGCCGAAGUCCGAGCCACCCUUCCCGAGAACAAGCAGGUGGUCGCCUUCCAGAACCGCAACCCCAUCCACCGCGCCCACUUCGAGCUCCUGAUCUGCGCGCAGAAGGACGUGAAGGACUCCGUCCUCCUGGUGCACCCCACCUGCGGCCCCACCCAGCCUGGUGACAUCGACGGCCUGGUUCGCAUCCAGACCUACGAGGCCCUCAAGACGGAGACUGAGAAGGAGUACCCCAUGUUCAGGUGGGCCUACUUGCCCUACAGCAUGAAGAUGGCAGGCCCUCGCGAGGCCAUCCAGCACAUGAUCAUCCGAAAGAACUACGGCGCCACCCACUUCAUCAUCGGCCGCGACAUGGCGGGUACUAAGAGCACCAUUGACGGCGAGGACUUCUACGGUCCUUACGACGCGCAGGAGACGGGCAAGAAGUACUCCUCGGAGCUUGGCGUGACCGUGACCCACUACGAGAACAUGGUCUACGUCGGCCCAGAGGAAGGCUAUGUCCAGGAGAGCAUCGCCAAGAGCAAGGGCUACAAGGUGGUCAAGCUCUCCGGCACGGAGUUCCGCAGGCGCCUCCGCGCUGGCGAGGAGAUCCCGGAGUGGUUCGCGUUCAAGUCCGUGGUGGACGCUUGGAUGGUUUAG